UACACCAUUGGACACAUGCUCCCUUCCUCUCUCUGUCUUUUCCCUUUUACUAAUGCAUUUUUCUUUAUCUUUAAUUUUUCUCUUCUCUUUCUUCUCCACUCCUUUUCCUUUUGCUCCUUCAAGUUUCAACGCCCAGAUAUUAUUAUUGUAUGUAUGCAUGUAUAAACAAAAGAAAAAAUAAUAUAAAAAAUCAAUCUCUUUUUUUUUGAAGGAAAAAAAUCUUUUCAAUCCUUAUUAAUCGCAUUGAGCUGUUUACCAUUUUUAAUUUAAUUUAAUUUCUUUAAAUAGUAAGAAAAGUCAGUCUCUUUGUUUUCUUAGCCAUUUGAUCUUUUUUUUUUUUCUUUUUCAUGUCUCAUCUCCCAGAUGUUCAAGCUCCCUGCUUGAAACAACUAUAAACAGAAAGGGAAAAAGAAGACUCCACUACAGUUACAAAAUUAGAGAGGGAAGGACUGGGGUGGGGAGAGUAAAAAUUACAAGAGGCUGAGAAGGGUUGCCUCAGAUCCAGGAAACUCUUUAAACUUUCUAGGGUUUUCUUGUGAUUCUUGAGACAUCAACUUUCUUGAGUUCUUUUUCAUGACCUUUUUUUUUUCUUCUCCAAGCCUUUCUUUUUGUGUUUGAGGAUAAAGGGUUGGUUUUAAAUUUGAUCUAAUUGUGGAUGUCUUAAAGUUAUUAUUAUUAUUAUUAUUAUUAUUAUUAUUAUUGGUUUGUGUGGAUAUUAAGUUGUUUCUCUGGUUCUCUGUUAUAACUGUAGUUAAUGGAGGUAGAUAAAGAAGAGUCCAGAGAAGAAGUUGAAAAAUGCAUAAUCAAGGUCUAAAGUAACUAUUUUUGCGUAGUAAUUUCCACGAAUGGAAGUUUGGAUACACUUGUAGUUGACCAGAUCUGACCAACCCAUUUCCCUUUCACUACCUUUUUUACUGACCCAUAAGUUGCAAACCCUGAAUUUGCAUCCUUUUUUUUGGACACCUUUUAGUUAAACAAAGCAUGGGAAAUGGUCUGUUAAAACCCACCAAUCACAUUCCAUUGUCAUUCUUUAUUUCAGAAGAAGGGGAUAGUUUCGUUGAACAAUGACAGGUUGUGUAAUUUUUGAGGGGUUGGAGGGUAACUUUUUGUACUGCUCAGAUAGGGAUUUUGAUGGAGGAGAUGUCUCCGACGGUCACGGUGCCAUUUAGAUUAGGUAAUUCAGUUUGUGAAAGCUCUACCUUUGCUACCCGUAUGGACAUCACAAGACUUAAGCUUAUGGCAAAUCCUGCUGGUAUUUUAACUGAUUCUACAACGAAGGCUACUAACCAAUCAGUUACUGGUGAAGAUGUGGAUUGUAAGUGGGCUGAUAUGGAGACUGAAGAAAGUGGUGUAGAGGUUCCACUGACAGAAGAGGUCAAGGGAGAAGGAGCUACCUCCUUGGAUAUGAUAUCUGAUAGUAAUGUUGGUUGGAUUGCUAGUAAUGAUGUUAUAGCUCAAGAAAGCGAGGAGGAUUCUUUUACUUUGGAAGGUGUUCAUGCUUUUGAUCUUGAUAGCUUUUGUUCACUAUCAGUGGCAAGUGAGACUAGUAGUCUUUAUGGAGAGGAUUUCCUGGGUUUUGAUGCUACCUCUGAGGUAGGAACACCGAGCUCUGUGGACAACGAGAAAAGCAUUUGCGGUGUAGAUAUUAUUGCAAAGGCCACCAAGUUUGUGGAGUUAAACGUUGAAACAGAUGUUGCAAGUGAUCCCCUUGCUGCGGCAGUAAGCCUUGAGGAAGAGAUUGGAGAGGGGUCUGAACAGAAGCCAUCUGCAGUGCUUCUUCAAUUGGCUCUUGAAAAGGAACCAAGUACAACAGUUCCGGUUCCACGCAGUGUAUUUGAGGUGGAGUAUGUGCCUCUUUGGGGAUUUACCUCUAUAUGCGGAAGGAGACCUGAGAUGGAAGAUGCAGUUGCUGCUGUGCCUCGGCUUUUAAAGGUUCCAAUUGACAUGCUAAUUGGUGAUCGGAUCCUUGAUGGCCUUAGCAGGGGCUUUGCUCAUCAGACUGUUCACUUCUUUGGGGUCUAUGAUGGUCAUGGAGGCUCACAGGUUGCAAAUUACUGUCGUGAGCGUAUUCACUCUGCCUUGGCUGAGGAAAUAGAGUUUGCUAAGGAAUGCAGGAGUAAUGAAAGCAUAACUGAUAGUUGUCAAGAUCUGUGGAAAAAGGCAUUUAGAAAUUGUUUUGUUAAAGUUGAUGCUGAGGUUGGUGGACAACCUAGUCAGGACCCUCUUGCCCCAGAAACAGUUGGUUCUACUGCUGUUGUUACCCUUAUUUGUUCUUCCCAUAUUAUUGUAGCAAACUGUGGAGAUUCAAGAGCUGUCCUAUGUCGUGGGAAAGAGCCCAUGGCUUUGUCUGUGGAUCAUAAACCAAAUCGAGAAGAUGAAUAUGAAAGGAUUGAAGCAGCCGGAGGCAAGGUUAUCCAAUGGAACGGGCAUCGAGUUUUUGGUGUUCUUGCAAUGUCAAGGUCCAUUGGUGAUAGAUAUUUGAAGCCAUGGAUCAUUCCAGAGCCAGAAGUGAUGUUUGUUCCAAGGGUGAAAGAAGAUGAAUGCCUCAUUUUGGCCAGUGAUGGUCUAUGGGAUGUUAUGACAAAUGAAGAAGCAUGUGACCUGGCUCGGAGACGAAUGCUUCAAUGGCACAAAAAGAAUGGUGCUACACUGACUUCAGAAAGGGGUGAGACAAUUGAUCCUGCUGCCCAAGCUGCAGCAGAAUACCUUUCAAACCGAGCUCUCCAAAAAGGAAGCAAGGACAACAUUACAGUACUUGUGGUGGAUCUGAAAGCUCAAAGGAAGUUCAAGAGUAAGACAUGAUGGUCUGUCAACCAUCAUUUGGUCCCCAAUCUUGCCAUAUGACAUAAUUUCAUACGGUUCAAUAUAGUUUUUCCCAUUUGUU